AUGGUGAGGGUCCCCGCCGCAGCGCCCGGGGGCCGGGCCGCCAGGAGCUCCGCAGCAGGGCUCGGCUUCUGGAAGACCAAGGAGCAUGGCGUUAAUCCCGACUGUGCCCAGAGUGGCAGUCCCGGAGCGCAGACCUUGCUAGGGCAGCCGGGCUGCUGGGCAGCCGGGCUGCUGGGCCGCGGGGCUGCUAGGCUGCGGGGCGGGGCUGCAGGCUGCUUCCACACCUGGCCACCUCCACGUUCACACAGCACUCCCGGGACAGGUCCCUGCCCUUCCCCUCCCACACCUCCAGAAACUUCAAACAGAGAUCAUUCACCUAACCGAGAUCCUGGACCAGACGGUGGUAACCCCUGCGUCUAUAGGUUAAAGCCUCCCGGUGGGAAUAAGGGCCGGGGCAGUCCGCAGCCAUCCUGGCUGGCCGGGACCCGCACACCUUUGGGACUGCGCCGGCCAGGCUCCCGGACAGCCCCGGGCUCCCCGCUGGAGUCGGGGCGCCGCCGCGGGGGCCUCGGCGUGCCAAGUGCGGGCACCCGGAGCAGGAGCGAGGCCGCGUGGCGGCGGAGCAGCCGCGACCCUGCCGCGCGAUCCGGCCCGUGCCCACCCGCCAGCCCUGGGCCCCCAAACCUCCUGCCCCGGUGGCUCGGUCUACGCUGCUCCCGCGGCGCUGCCAGCGCCCGCUCAACACACGCACCCUGCCUCUGGGAUGCGCAGCGCCCACCCACGCCAACGCCCCCCGCCCCGCCCUCCCGUCACCGCAGCGGCCGCCACACGCGACAUUCGGGACAAGCCACAGCGCCCAAGCCACCGCCGCCAGGCAGGAUUCACGUGGAGAGUGAAGUCAGACCUCCGGUGGCCGCUGCGCCGCGCCCCAGGGCUGACAGGACAUCUCGGCGCGGACUGCGCAGCGGCAGGAGGCUGGCACGCGUCCCGGAGCCCGGGACCAUCGCGGCGGGCGUGGGGCGCGGGGCGGCCGAGACCCGCGGCCCCCGACUGUCCCAGGGCUCCCGUGAGAGCCUGGACCAACACCCGGGCGCGUGCCCCAGGAGACCUCAGGCGGAGGGGGGAGGGGAGGGCAGAGCCAGGACUGGCGGGGAGCAGGGAGGCCGCAGCCCGGGCCGGGCCGGGGCUCGCGGGGGCGGAGGACGAUACCUGUGGCCGCGGAGGCCGCCGCGGGCGGCUGGCUGUCCCGCCCCGGGGCUAGGCGCGCUCCCAUCCCCGCCGCAUGUUCCCGGCGCAGGCUCCGACGCGCUCCCCGCCGCCGCCGCCGCGGUCUCGCCUUUAUUUACCCGGACGGGCGCGCGCCGCCCGGGAACCGGAAUAGCGGGGCCUUCUCAUGUUUCCCGCCUGCCCGACCCAGCCCGCGAACAUCCCGCGGGCGCGCUAUCCAUGUUCCCGGGCGGCGGCAGAGGAAGCGAGCGCGCCCGCCCGGGCCGCCCGAGCUGCAGUUAA